AUGUCUCGGCGCCGCUCGCGCACUGGGAUCGUGCCGGUCGUCAUUCUGAGCGUGUUGGCGGUGGCUGUGUUGUGGCACGUUUCGUCGCUGUUCGGGCUCGCGACGCGCCACACGGGCGGGGACUCGAAGAAGAUACAAGUGGACCGUGCGUCGCUGCAUCGCGAGGAGAAGCAGAAGUCGGAGCAGAACCAGGUGAUCGCGGAGAAGAUGGCAGGUCCUCCAGAGGACUCGCGCGCGCCGCGCGUCGAGCUGGAGACGAGCAUGGGCAGCGUAGAAGUCGAGCUGUACAUCGACCACGCCCCGAAGACGACGAAGAACUUCAUCGAGCUCACAAAGAGCGGCUACUACGACGGCGUCGUCUUCCACCGCAUCAUCCGCGACUUUAUGAUCCAGGGCGGGGACCCCACCGGCACGGGCCGCGGCGGCGAGUCGUACUUCGGCGACAAGUUCGAGGACGAGUUCACCUCGGAGCUCAAGUUCACGGGCGCCGGCAUCCUCGCCAUGGCCAACGCGGGGCCGGACACCAACGGCAGUCAGUUUUUCAUCACGCUCGCGCCCACGCCGUGGCUCGACAUGAAACACACCAUCUUCGGCCGCGUCUACACCGGGAUGGGGGUUGUCGAGCGCAUGGGCCUCGUGCAGACGGACGGCGGGGACCGGCCCGUGACGGAGGUGAAGAUCUUGCGGGCCAAGGUGACCCACGUGGGGUCGUAUAAGGGGUAG